AAUGUAGGGUGCAUAAUGCAGAUACGAGUGUGGGCGCACGUAUGGUAGAGUGUACGCGUGAAAUUAUAACCUUAUCCGUAUAUUGUGAAUUGGAAGUUAAUAGUGAAUUAAAAUUCAUUUAGAAAUAUUAUAAAAACGUGAUAGUAAAAAAUACUUCAUUUCGAACAAAUGUCAUUUUUAUGAUAUAAGGAGUUUAGGAGGUAACCACUGAUGGAGAUGUCGCAACAAGGGGGUGCGGAGGCCGAGAGCCUCCUGAGAGGAGAACGUAGCGCUGUAGUCAUGCCUGGAAGACGCUGGGAUGUAGAGGGCGAAAAGGCGCCUUUCCUCCGAAACGAACCGGUAAAGUUAACGCCGGCCUGGGAGGGAUCCAACCUACCUGAUGACACACUCAACUUGAAAGGUAUAGCGAUGGAUCUCGCACCGCCUAAGGACAAAUGGAAAUUAAUAUAUCUGACGCUCAUGCUCCACGGCCUGGGGACGCUCACGGCCUGGAACAUGUUCAUAACAGCCAAGGACUACUUCGUCAGUUACAAGCUGGUGAACGCCAAGGGUUACGCCGACGACUUCAUGCCCUACGUCGGCUGGGCCUGCCAGAUACCAAACCUGUUCUUCAGUUGGUUUAACAUAUUCGUUAAGAUCGGCGGCAACCUGGCUACCCGCAUAGUAUGGUCGCUGUGUAUCGAGGUGAUGAUCUUCGUGGUGACCGUGAUCCUCGCUAUGGUGGACAGCUCCCAGUGGCCGGAGGUGUUCUUCUGGCUGACCAUGAUAUCCGUGUUCUUCAUGAACGGUUUCAACGCCAUCUUCCAGAACUCAGUGUACGGCGUGGCGGCGCGCCUCCCGCCCCAGUACACGGGCGCGGUGGUGCUCGGCUCCAACAUCUGCGGCACCCUGGUGGUGUUCCUCAACUGGGCGUCGGACGCGUUCACCGGCAGCUAUCGGACGUCCGCCAUAUAUUACUUCAUAGCCGGCAUGUUCGUGCUGCUAGUCUGCUUCGACACUUACUUCGCUCUGCCGCUCAAUAGAUUCUUCCGCUAUCACGAGACACUUCAGGAACGAACGCUCCGUGUGAACCCGGCCUUAGCGGCGACCAACCAGGCGGGAGCGCCGGCCGCUCAGAAGACUCCCUAUGGGCUCAUCAUUAAACAGUCGCUCAUACAACUGUACAAUAUAUUCAUUAUAUUUUUCGUAUCUCUAUCAAUUUUCCCAGCGGUACAUUCAGACAUAAGUCCUAUCACAAAAGGCUUCCUGGGGACUAACUUUGUUCGUAUCACAUGUUUCCUUACAUUCAACUUCACAGCUAUGAUUGGUAACAUAACGGCCAGUUUGUGGCAAUUCCCGUCCCCACGCUGGUUGGUAGUCUUCACAUCAUUACGAGUCCUUUUAAUACCAUUCUUUCUGCUUUGCAACUACUAUCCAAAAGGCAGGACUCGCACUCUACCAGUGUUAGUGAACAACGACUGGGUGUACUGGCUCUUCUCAGUUAUACUCGGAUGGAGUUCAGGCCAUGGAAGUUCGUUGGGUAUGAUGUAUGUCAGCGGUACCGUGGCUCCCGAACACGCCUCUACAGCUGGUAUGAUAGGUGGCGCCACAUUAGUCACAGGUAUAAUGGCAGGUAUAACAUUCUCCAAAUUCUGCCCAGCUCUCGUGUCACUGGCCGCGUGGAACAAUAUGUAGCAUUUACUUAAAUAUCUCGGGACCCUGUGGAACGUUCUAGUACGUGUAAAGUGAAACUCAAGUGUAUGAAGUGCAACAAGUCUAUACAUGUGACAAAACGUAGUUAAUGGUGUUUACUAAGCGCUUUCACAGCAAGUCAGUCGUUAUACUACAUACGAAGCGUUCAACGUUUUUCGUAUAUAGAUAAAAAAAUAUAAAUACAGGUGGCUAUGAAUAAAAAUGUGAACACUCUGUAUGUAGCGUGACAAUGCGUUCUUGGGUUAAUGUGUUACGUCGAGUGUGAGCUCACCACGCCUCAGAUGCUUGCACAAUGUUCCUUGUACAGUAUGAUUUGUACAGAAUUUGUAUGAGAUCAAACAUGUAGUGAAAAUUAUUUUGGAUGUAAUCGACACAUACAUGUGACUCUGAAGAUUGUAUUAACAUAUUCUAGCUAGUUUACCAAUAAGCCCCUGGUUUAAAAAAAAUUACCUGGUAUGGAAAGAAUUGCAAAAAAAAAAAAGUCUAAAAAAUUACUAACAGACUGACAGAAAAAAAGCAAUGGAAUUUUAAUUGAUAUGAAAAAAAAAAUAUGGUGAAAAACAAUCUUUUAAGAAAUGAGUUUGAUACAAUUAAACUAGUUUUUAAUAUCGAAUGUUCAAGUGUAAGGAAUUGGUUGAGUUUAGCGAAAAAUCAUUUAUAAAUUUUACAUACUGUUAAAUUAUGAGAAAUAGAUUAUUUAUAUAUCCUGUAUGAAAAAAAAUUGUUGGUUAUAAAUAGAAUUAUUAAUGAUUACUUUAAAAAAAAAAUAUAUAUAUAUAUAUAUAUAUAUAUAUAUUCAUAUAAAAAUAUCUGGAGAACCGAUUUCAUUGUUUGUUUAAAUGUGAAUUUUUUUUUUUAAUAGCAAUUUUUUGUCACAUCUACGUCCUUAGCUGUAAGUAUGAAUUAUUAAUCCAAAGUGCUACGAUUUGUGUAAGUUUUUUAACGUAGUUAUAUUAAUUUAAUGUAAUUUUUAAUUAACUACAGCUGGCUGUAAUUUACAAUGUUAGUGUUCUUUGCCGCACUGGACAAAUAUAGUGUAGGAUUUGACUACAAUCAAUAAAUAAGCAUCAAGAUGUUUCCAAAUGACAUUGUUUGUAAUAUGGAAUAAAACAUUGUUUCUAUGUAUAUAACAAUCAUAUUAUUCUAACACGAAAAUGGUACGAUUGAUUCGAAUAUACUAAAAGAUUUUAAUGACAAAACCAUUUCUUACGUCAUUUGUAAUAACGACCGAAGAUCAGUAUUGUUACAAUUGCGAUGAAAUUGACCCAAACUGACAUAAAAUUUUUGUUGUAACAUUUGUAAUGCUCCCAUAAAGCAGGGUAAUUUAAAUUAUCACUGAGGUAUGUUAAUCUUCUAGUUUAUAUACAGACUGAUUCAAUAACAGUUAAGUUUAUUAUCCGAUUCAUUGAUUUGUUAGUCACAUUGAACACCUUUUACAUCUGCAGACAUACAAGUCACAACUCUUAUAUCUAUAUUCUAUAGUCUUAUUUUUUUUUUAAUUAUGUCUUCUAAGUUUCUGCAUGCGUUAUUUGUCAUGUGUUAUAGUUAGAUCUUUUAGAUUUCCGAUAUCCUCAUAGCAUUUUUAUUUAAUAGUCUGAAGAUGUGAAAGGCUAUGUGUUGAGUCGCAGACCAAAUAUUAUAUCUGUAAUGAACAAGAUUUGUGUUAUUUGUUUUGCCCUCAAGUAGCUCCUGUUAGUUUUUAUUUAUUCAAUAAAGUUUUUUUUUUAUUAUCA